ACACACCUUCCUCUCACACAGAUACACAUUGAUUUGCAUGUACCAUUCAGUCGAUUAUCUUUGCUAAUCACUUCUGCAGGAGUAUUAAUUCCAGAUCUUUUGCUGCCUUGGAUGAAACUUUUUAAUUUAUUAUAAUUUAGAGGAUAACCCUGAAGACAUCACCUGGAUUGGAAAGAUAAUGAUGAUUCACUUGAUAGUGAUAAGCGAAAAGAAGAUUUGGAAUUGGUGAAUGUGGAGUGGAGUCAAGAGAGGAUUUUUGAAGAGCUGGGAGGAAAAGGAGGUGACUGAGUGACAAAGAGGUGCAGAGGAGGAAUAUGGGCUGCUCCUCUGUGUGGAUCUUUCUAUUGUCCCUUUCUCUAUACCAUCAGUGUGUCACAGCAGAACGUGAAGUGUGCAGGACAGUGGUGCAGGCAGACAUAGUGUUUCUGGUGGAUGAAUCCUGGAGUGUGGGUCAGACCAGCUUCUCAAAUGUAAAAGACUUCAUCUCAGCCAUCGUCUCCUCCUUCCAGGACAGUCUUGUGGGAGCUGAGGGAGUCCGCUUUGGAGUCACUGUCUUUGGAGAUGUCCCGAGGAUGCAUAUUGCGUUGACAGACUACAGCACAUUGGAGGAAAUACUCAAAGCAAUCAGAGACCUCACUUACAAAGGUGGUGCCAGGAAGACAGGUGAUGCCCUUCAGUUUCUGGUUGAGACUGCGUUCAGCCCUGUCAUCACUCGUGAUCAUGCUCCAAAGAUCACUGUUUUGAUCACAAACGGACGUUCAGAGGACCAGAUUAAUGCUGCAGCCAGAGGAGUAGCUGACAAUGGGAUUUCUCUCUUUGCAGUGGGUGUGAGGGGAGCUGAUGCUUCAGAGCUGAAGAGAAUUGUGUCAGAGCCACCUGAGGAGCACCUGCUGCUGGACGCUGAAUUCUCUCACCUGGAAACUAUCCUUCCCAAACUGUCCCGUAGACUGUGUUUUACUGCGUCUGAACCACCGCGUCCUGUAAAAGCUUCUCAGCCUGUUGAAGAGCGUGUAGUGGGUCCCAGAGACCUGCAGAUCAGUGAACUGGCUCACAGUUCACUCAGACUUACAUGGACCCAGGCCACAGGUGACGUCACAGGGUAUCGGCUCCUGGUCACUCCUCGCAGCUCAAAAGGACUCGUCCUCCACCUUCAGCAGAAACAGGUCGAUCUAAAGGCAGAUGUGAACACAGCGGUGGUGACAGGGCUGACUCCUCAGACAGACUACUCCCUCACCGUCUAUGCCGUCUACCCCAGCCUCAUAGGAGAGUCUGCGACCAUCCCCGUCCAGACGACCCCUUUACCUCAGGUGUCAAACUUCCGUGUUAUUGAGGAGGGUCUGUUCUCGCUGCGCCUCGGGUGGACGCCACCUUUAGGGAAGAUAAAUGGAUUCAAGAUUUUCAUCCCGAGAUCCAACAGACCAGGAUUUACUUACGAGCAGCUCCUUCCUGGAGACACUUCUUCUCAUGUGAUUGACAGCCUGGAGGAGGAUAAGAAGUACACUAUCAGUAUUUACGCUGUGUUCCCUGAGGGACCAAGCGAACCAGUUUCAAUAGUCGGCAAGACAUUGAAAUUGGUGACAGUUCAGCAGUUUUUGGUCCAGAAUGCCACCACAGACACUGUCCAGGCCAGGUGGACAUCAGUGAGAGGUGCUACUGGAUACCGUCUCACAUGGGAAUCCCCAGAUGGCCACAUAGAGAACAUAAACCUUGGGGACAACUUUAACUUUUACAUGAUCCAAGGACUUCGCCCAGGAUCUGAGUACACGAUCACCAUUAACCCCAUCUUUGGAGACAUUGAGGGACCUGUCACCACCAACAAAAUCACCACAUUGGAAAGCAGCGCAGUACAGACUCUGAAAGUGUCUGCUGUGACCACCAGUACUGCUGUUGUCUCAUGGAAUAGUGUCCCAGGGGCCACAGGAUACAGACUGGCCUGGGGACCCACUCCAGAGUUUAUAGGUAGAGACCGUCCGAGGCAGUUGGCCCUGAAUGGCAGCACCACAGAGUACCUGCUGAAGAACGUAGCGCAUGACACUGAGUAUGUCCUGACCCUCUAUGUGCUGUUUGGGCCUGUGGUUGGUCCUGGUAUCUCUGCUACCUUCAGAACCUCUCCUCUGGGCUAUGUGUCCAACUUCAAGGUCACAUCCUACACCAGUACAUCCAUAGAUGUGGAGUGGAGUCCAAUUGUCGGGGCUACUGAGUACAAACUGUCUUGGAGCACAGAAGACAGCAGCCUUCAGUCCCAGUACCUGGACCACACUGUGCUCUUCCAUCAUAUCAAGGACCUGAAUCCACAGUCCACUUACAUAAUCACCAUCCAUGCCCUGUAUGGUAAUGCAGAGGGACCAGAAAUCUCCUUAUCUCAGCUCACAGCUGCAGUGUCAGAGUCAGAACACAUCCAGGCAGUGAAGGACGUGAAGGUUGUGGACAUCGGAGUAAACUCCUUCACCCUGUCUUGGAGGAAAACGCCAGGAACAUCUGGCUACAAAAUCUCCUGGAUCCCUUUCCUGGGAGGUGAUGAGAAGUCCCACGUGGUGCCUGCUGCCUCCACCUCAUUUACCAUUAAAAACCUGCGUGAGAGCUCUGCUUAUAAGAUCCAGCUGUCAUCGAUGGUGGGAAACAGGGAGGGAAGCCCAGUCCUGGUCACUGCACGCACCUUGGAUCUUCCAAAAGUAAAUGGCUUUGCUGCCCUGAAUACAACAGACAGCAGCACUAUUCUCAACUGGACACGUGUGGCAGGCGUUUCUGGGUAUCGUCUCUCCUGGAGACACAUCUCAGUUUUAGAGACUAAAACUGAGACACUUGGCCCUGGUUUCUCUUCUUAUAAGAUUGGUGAUCUUUUGUAUGGGAGAACCUAUAUUUUCACCAUCAGACCUUUGUAUGGAGAAGUAGAAGGCCCUAUCAGCACCAUCUAUCAACGAAUAUUGGGACAGGAUCCUCCGGUGGUAAAAGCCCAGCCUGUGUCGGCCACAGCAGCCCCUAACUCCCCUCAUGUCACAAGAGCCUCACAGACGGCUUCCAUCCCCAAAACCUCCAUCGCUCACACAACCACCAGGACCACCAAGCACCCCAUUGCGGUGCCGCCAACUAAAACCAUGACCACAAAAAAACCUCCAGGGCAGGCACGUGUCACUGAAGCCAUCACGUCCCACCAACAGACCCCAGUGAAUACAGGGACAACAGCUCCACCAAAACCAGUGUGUAGUAAGGCCAAAGCAGAUGUCGUUUUCUUAGUGGAUGAGUCAUCCAGUAUUGGUGUGAACAACUUUCACAGACUGAAAGAUUUCAUAUUCCGAGUUGUGACUUACUUCCCUGUCAUUGGUCCUCAGGGGACACAGAUAGCUGUGGUUCAUUACAGUGAUGAGCCCCGAAUUGAAUUUCGUUUGAGCGACUACAAGGACAGAAACUCAAUGCUUAGGGCGCUCAGAGGACUGCGAUAUCAAGGAGGCAACACCAAAACAGGAAAAGGCAUCAGCUACGUUCUGCAGGAACUGUUCCGAGAGUCUCUGGGGAUGCGACAACAUGUGCCCCAUGUGCUCGUCCUGAUCACAGACGGGAGGGCCCAGGACAAUGUACUGCCACCUUCUAGAAUCGCACGUGCUCUAGGUGUCAGUGUCGUGGCAGUUGGAGUCGCUAACGCAGACAUUGAAGAGCUGAAUAAAAUCGCAGCUCCAACCACUUACAAGAAUAUCUUUUACUCUCCAACAUUUGAUGACUUUCCUUCCAUAGAGAGAGAAUUUAUCAGUAGCAUCUGCAGUGAUGAAAUCCUCUCUGAGUUCAAACAGGAGGAUGAGUCUGCUCAGUUGGACACCCCGACUGAAGACCCAGAGGAGCUGCCUAAGCCUGAAGGACCCUGCUCCUCCCAGUGUGUGAAGGGUCAGAAAGGGGAAAAGGGAGAUGGUUUUGGUCUCGGAGGUCUGAGAUUUAGGCAAAGCCCUGGACAAUAUGAUCCUUUUGCCUCUUCAAAAGGAGAAAAGGGAGAGAUGGGACCUUCUGGAACAGAUGGUGUUCCAGGGUUGCCUGGUCGACCAGGGAGAACUGGACCCCCAGGUUCUGCAGGCCAACGGGGCCUCCAAGGUAUUCCAGGUGACACGGGACUUCCUGGGCCCCCUGGUCAGAAGGGCCAGAGAGGAGAGAGAGGAGAGCCUGGAUAUGUUAUUGCUGGCACAGAUGCUAAUUAUGUCCCUGGACGCAAAGGAGAGCCAGGAUCUUCUGGUCCCCAGGGUUCACCCGGUGUACCAGGAGUUAAUGGAGCCCCAGGGCUGCCUGGCCCUCCUGGACCACCAGGACCAGCAGGGAUAUCUGUCAAGGGAGAACCUGGAGAGCCAGGAGCAAAAGGUUUACGUGGGAAGCAGGGCGUGCAAGGAGACAAAGGAGAGCCGGGAAAAGAUGGUAUUGCAGGUUUGCCUGGUCCUAUUGGCAUCGAUGGGGUACCAGGAUUAUCAGGACAGAAAGGAGAGAAGGGCAAGGAAGGAAUUGGCAUUCAAGGUAUUCAAGGUCCACGAGGAGAACCAGGAGAGAAGGGAAACAUUGGCUUUUCAGGACCAGUUGGCCUAAAGGGUGAACGAGGAGAACAGGGCAUCCAAGGAGUGAUUGGACCACGGGGAAAGAAGGGACUCAAAGGGGAACAAGGGGACAAGGGAGAUCAAGGAGAAAUGGGACCUGUUGGACCACGAGGACCCACAGGACUAACAGGGCCAGUGGGAUUAAAAGGAGACGAGGGUCAAAGAGGAGUGCCUGGAGAUCCUGCCAAGGGUAUAAUUGGCCCAACAGGAAAAAAAGGGGCCAGGGGUGACAUUGGUCCAGUUGGCCCCACCGGACCCCAAGGAAUAAAGGGUCAACAAGGAGACAAGGGAGAAAAGGGAAGUCCUGGUUUUGGGAUUCCUGGCCAACGAGGACCAAAGGGAGAAAACGGUGAGAGGGGAAAUGUUGGUUUGUCUGGAAAACCUGGCCCAAAGGGGCAUGAUGGUUCAAAAGGUGACAAAGGGAAUAUUGGGUUACCUGGCAAUCCUGGAGUACCAGGAUUAAGAGGUAAAGAUGGUGCCCCUGGAGUGAAAGGAGAACUAGGCCUGAAGGGUGAACAAGGGCCAGCUGGAGAGCCUGGUGACAGAGGAAUUAGGGGUCCACUGGGGUUACCAGGGCGACCAGGUGACCUAGGUGAGAAAGGAGAUGGUGGGAAACCUGGUCCGCCUGGACCUGAUGGAAAGAAAGGGGAAAAAGGAGAGGCAGGAAAACCUGGACCUCCGGGAGCACAAAUCAUUGCAGACAACAACAUAUUGACCAGGGUUAUCAAGGGUGAACCUGGUGAGCCUGGUUUAAGAGGAGAAACAGGUUUACCUGGGCCACAGGGUCCUGAAGGGAAACCUGGAUUACCAGGGCCAUCACUGGGUGGUUCUGGCACAGAUGGACUUGGUCUACCAGGGAAACCAGGACAGAAGGGUGAACAGGGACCAAAGGGAGAGCUGGGUCUGAGGGGAGAAAAAGGAGAUCAAGGAAAGAUUGGGAUUGCAGGCAUGCCUGGAGUACCAGGAACUCCAGGGAGGCCUGGCAUUGAUGGAAAGAGGGGUUUGCCAGGAACGGAUGGAGAAAGAGGAGCAAAAGGAAAUGAUGGCAGAAAGGGAGAAAAGGGAGAUCCAGGUGCUAAUGGUAAAGACGGUAGUAAGGGAGAACCAGGACCUCCAGGUUUGCCUGGAAGACAAGUGCUCGUAACUGCGGAGGGUGCCAGCAUUGACGAAAUCCGUGAGGCAUUUCCAAUACCAAUGGGUCCUCCAGGGGCAACGGGUGUUCCGGGAAAGAAGGGUGACAAAGGAGACAGAGGCGUCAAAGGAGAAAAGGGCGAAGCUGGGUCUCUUGGGAAAUCAAUUGAAAUGAAGGAUAUUGAGAUGAUGUUUGAAGCCUAUGGUAUAAGGCUACCUUUGCUGAAGGCUUUGAUUGACAGGCUGCUUCAGGAAGGAAUAGAAGAGCUGCUUCAUGUACUCGGCACUGCCAAGAAAACAAAGGAAAACACAGACACUCAUACUUCUAACAUCAUUACAGAGUACACAAGUUCAGUCAAGUUUGACCUUUCCAACCAACCGCUGACAGAGUUGGACACCAUUGCAGAUCCUGAGUUUGACAGGCAGCUUCCAGAACCUUUCUCAUUUGGCCCUUUGAAUGAGACUGGAGAGACUCCCACAUUAUGGACCGUCACUACCCUGAAUGGAGAGCAGAAGCUCAGCGUGAUUGAAGCCAAAUUAAAGGGAUCUGUAAUGGACAGGGUGGAUGGAAACAGAGAUGAAAUAUCAUCUCUCAGAAUGAAUCUCUCUGCUGUCAAUGCAACUUUUAAUAACACUAUGAUACAAGAGACAGUUUUAGGGUCACCAGACAUGGUGGUGGAAACUGUUCCCCUGACUCAAGAAAACACAAAGAAUUCAGGACAAAAAAAGAAGAACAGGGAACGUGGGAAGGGCAAAGGAAAUAAAGGACGACAUAAGAGGCAGAGACAACGCCUGAGUGAGGCAGAUAGGCGUGAAGAAGGAGAAGACGAAGACGAGUUCUAUGAUGGUGAAGAAUCUAGUGAUGAAUAUGAGGAGGAAGAGUUCCCAGACAUCCCCUCGGUCAUUCGAGAUGGGAAUGACAACAGUCAGGGAGAUGUACCACCUACACACAGUCCUGUCAAAGCUGAAACAGUGGGGGACACCUCCAGACAUCCUCAGAUAGAAAGACAAGCAGAUGCACAGGAUGAACUGUCUCUUCCCACACCGCCUGUCUCAGCAGAGGAACCAAACAAGGUACCUCAGCCUCUCAUCAGGGUGAGGAAAAGUGUCCACUGGCCUGAUUCAGUGGUAUUCAUGCCAGGUGCUCCAGGUGGGAGAAACCGAUUUGAAGAAGCACAAAAAUAUCUGUCCUCUGGAGCUCGAGGUUAUGACAACUGGAAUAAGAGGAAGCAAGAAAACCCUAACCUUGAAACAUAUAACAGAAGUGGGAGACAAAACAGGAAGGAGGGCCACAGAUACAGUGACACGAAAAGAGAAAUUUAUGUCGAAACCCGAGAUGAAGUAGGCAAAGCAGAUGAAGUCGAGGAAUGGGGAGUAGAAAACAAGAAAGCAGUAGAACCAGAUCAAUAUCCAGACACAGGCUAUGAUCCGGUGUUUGAGGAGGAGGAGAGGAGUGGAGACUACAACUGGGAAACAGAGGAGGAAAUAGACCAGGAAAAGGAAGGAGACGAGGAGGUGGAUGGCCUGGAGAAGGAGAGAGAACAAGAUAGACUGGAGAUGGAGAGAGAAAGAGAGGAGCUGGAGAAGGAGAGAGAGGCAGAGAGGAUCGAGAAGGAAAACAUAGAGAGGGAGAGGACCGAGCAGGAGAGAGAGAGAGAAGAGUGGGAGAGGAGGAGGGAGGAGAUGGAGAGGGAGAGAGGGGAGGGUUAUGAUGACGAAACUGGACAACCUUACCCCUACCCUCCAGAGUAUUUUUACCUAAAGGGACAACCAGGAGAAAAUGGAAAAGCAGGACCAAAGGGUGAAAUUGGUGAAAAAGGACAAAAGGGAGAGCCAGGCAUCGGACAUAGAGGGCCGGAGGGGCAGGCUGGACCUCCUGGGCAGAAGGGGGAACCAGGUGAGCCCGGACCCCCAGGUGCUCAGGGAAUACAAGGCAUCCCAGGCAACACAGGCAUCCAGGGCUCCCCAGGCCUGAGGGGUCCCCCAGGAGACCCAGGACAGCCAGGACGAGAGGGAGACAGAGGGAAACGAGGGAAGAAUGGUUCACCUGGAUCAUCUGGACCUCAAGGAGAACCAGGACCUCCAGGUUCUCCUGGAGUACUUGGAGUAAAAGGAGAAAAGGGUGACAGUAUUCCUGGGGAACCUGGUAUCAGAGGUUUAGCUGGUUUCCCAGGUCGAAAGGGUGAAAAAGGGCCACCAGGUGAUAAAGGAAUCCCCGGACACAUUGGUUCUAAGGGCUUGCGUGGUUAUAAAGGUGAAAAGGGUGACCGUGGAUUGCCUGGAGUACGAGGAGAAAGGGGGAGUGUGCUUCAGAUCCAAGGACCACGUGGUUUUAAAGGCUCCAAAGGGGACGCGGGUGAGCGAGGCCCACCUGGUUUUGAUGGCGAUAAAGGAGAAAAGGGAGAGGAUGGUCCCCCUGGAGUCAAGGGUCUAAAAGGUGAUGCAGGCACUAAAGGUGCAUUGGGGCGAUUUGGAGCACGAGGUCCAGUGGGCCAGAAGGGAGAAGCAGGGGAGCCCGGACUCAAUGGAGUGAUGGGUCGCAAUGGGGAUGAUGGGGUAGAUGGAGCCAAAGGAGACAAAGGAGACCUCGGACUUCAUGGAGAGAAGGGCAGUCAGGGUGAUUCAGGAGAACCAGGGUUACCAGGAGAUAAAGGGGAGAAAGGGGAAAAGGGAUAUCGAGGCUUCCCAGGACGCACUGGAAGUCCAGGCCUGGAUGGAGAAAAGGGAGACAUGGGUUUCCAUGGAACCCCUGGUGUCCCUGGAUUAAAUGGACAUACAGGGCGCAAGGGUGAUAAGGGAGAAGCAGGAAAAAAUGGAGCUGAUGGAGAUCCAGGUGAAAAAGGGGAAAAGGGUUCAGGAGGUUUCUCAGGUUUCCCAGGGUUUAAGGGCUCAGCAGGAAGUCCAGGAAGUAUUGGAAAUGAGGGACCACCAGGACUUCCAGGACCUCGUGGGAAUCCAGGGCCUAAAGGAGACAAGGGAAGGAGAGGCAGGUCAAAGCCAUGUCAGAAGGGGGAACCAGGGACUCCAGGACUAAGAGGGGAGAGUGGUGAACUGGGGAUUGGUGGAGCAAAAGGGGAGAAGGGAGAGCCUGGGCUUUCGGCUAAUGAAGUGAAGGAGCUCGUCACGCAGGAGGUGGUUGAAAAGUGUGGGUUGGAGUACAAGUUCAUGGUGAAGUCUGUGGAUCCUGAUGGAACAAUGGCAGUGGGUGACAGUAAAAAAAAGCCACAUAAUGCAGAAAUAUCCCUUGCCCCUAGUUUUGAUGAAAAUGAGACAGAAGGAAAAGCUCAGGACAUGAAAGAGGAAAGACAUGGAGAUGAGGAGGAGACACAAAUGACCACUCCUCCCUCUGUGACUGAAGAGACGGAGCCAUCACCAAACCACACUGACUCUCUUCAGCAAGAGACCGUGGACAGGGGGCAGAGGAAGAAAAGACAAGUGUUUGGAUCCAACACUGGAACUGAGCGGUGCCUGGAGCCCAUGUCUGAAGGGCCCUGUUCAGAGUAUAUUUUGCUGUGGUACUUCCACCAGCACUCAGGCAAAUGCAGACCGUUUGUGUACGGGGGAUGUGGUGGAAACCGAAAUCGAUUCUCCUCAAGACAAGAGUGCCAGAUCUGGUGUGGGAUGGAGAGUAGAGGCACUGACCCCUGGAGAUGAAGCCACCAACCACAAAACAGAUGACAAUUUUGUACAUAACUUUGUAAAAUGUUUGUAUUUUAUUUAUACAUUUUAGCAGCUGUUUCUUGGUUGUUUAUACUGACAAAGUACCAAAAAUAAAAAUGUGAGUGUCA